CAUAGCCACCACCACAACCUGGCUUUGCCCUCAGAAACUCAUCGAUCCUUCGAGAAACGCGAAGAAUGGCUUCGUUUUUGCAGUCGUUCAUAGAUCCAAGGAAGAACUGGUUCGCCCGCCAGCACAUGAAGGCAAUCUCCACGCGCCUCCGUCAUUACGGGCUUCGAUACGACGAUCUGUACGAUCCCUACUACGAUUUGGAUAUCAAGGAGGCUCUGAAUCGGCUGCCCAGAGAGAUAGUCGACGCGCGCAACCAGCGUUUGAAGCGCGCCAUGGACCUCUCCAUGAAGCACGAGUACCUCCCCGAAGAUCUCCAGGCUAUGCAAACUCCAUUCAGAAGCUACCUUCAAGAAAUGCUGGCUCUGGUGAAGAGGGAAAAGGCAGAGCGUGAGGCUUUGGGAGCUCUGCCACUCUAUCAGCGCACCAUUCCAUAAGCAUGCUAUUGCUUCUUGUAGCUAAUUUUUAUUGGAAUGAAUCUUUGGAUGAAAUUAUAGCAGUGUUUCUGGUAGAUGCUUCCAUACCUUAAGGGGAUUCUUUUCCUGUUCUAGAAGUUUUUCCCAAUUAUUGGGCACUUGAGGACCAGAAUUAAAACUUCCUGGAUUUGCUGUCAUAUUCUGGAAGAGUACUUUGUUUUUCAAUAAUAAUGUAUGAUCCAACUUUUGACUUCUUCAAUAUUCUUGAUUGCAAUAAGCUCAUUUGUCUAUUGGGUGCAAAGAUUAUUUGCUAUACUGCGAUGGUGCAUUCUGUUUAUGUUCUAUUGUACUUUGUAAAUGUAUCUGGUUUUGCUAUUUGAUUCA